UGAGUGGUGAGGAGCACAGCUUUAUUGAGACUGGACAACCCCGGAGUAGUGACUUGGCAUGCAAACAUGAGCUUAAGAGAGUGUGAGUGAAAGCUGAUAUUGGAAUAACGAUUCUGUGGCACAGACAUGGGAAUAAUUUAAUUAAUUGCACUGAAAUUUCUUUGAUGAAUAGUUAUGUGGUGAUAAGCAUGAGGUCGAACAGCAGAAUGAGUCUCAGCUUUUUAAUGGGCCAGCACAGCUGCAGUUUUGGAUGCCUUCCCACUUUAUUUUUGCCUGCAGCUCUCCACCGUGUUACUCAGCCACAUCUCUCCAGCUAAGCACACCCCUCGCGGGGCUCCCUCUCUGUGUCUGCAGAGCUGAGGAGCAAGUAUAUUUGGCCAUGGAAAGCAGGCUUGUGACUGCUUUGAAAUGAAAACCAGAUCAAACAAAAAUUGUGGAUGGUUUCCUUAUGAUGACUGCACUUCCCCUCCUCCCUGGAUCUCUAGGACACUUUGACAGAGUCUUUUCUGCUAAGUUGUAUGAAGAUUUUAAUAAAAAUUUCUUGUCCCCAGAGAAGGAGGCACGUCUUUGUUGUCAGAGUGCUAGAGAGAAAUGAGCAAUGCAGCCCAGCUGGAGCACCGGCAUUAAUCCCAUGAUUCCGAGCCCGUAUUUUCAGACAGAUCAAUUACUUAUGGCUGUAACCAAUCUCUCACCGUUGUCUUGCUGUGCAGGGCUCCAUUUGCAGACUUGGCAGCUGACACAGCCUUCCAACUUGAUAGGACUUCAGCUGCAAAUCUCUUCAGGUUGGCUGCCUCCAUCCACUGAAGUUAUACAAAUGAGUUGUUAAAUAAAAAUCAAAACUCAAAAAUUGUGGGCUGUAAUCUCCACUUGGCUCAGUAACACUCAUGGAUCUAGGCAACAUUUGCAUUUGGAUUUUUUUUUUAAAGCAAGAUGGAUGAUUCAGUUGUCUGACUUCCUUCACUUUUAUGGACAGGCUUUGCAUGAGAGGAAAUCUCUCUCUAGAGGGAAGAAAUUAUCCACAGUGGAUGCAUUUCUUAUCAACUUCUAAGUUGAAAGAUUAACUCAGGAAUGGAGAGAAAAGAGCUUAUGAGGACCCACGAAGGGCAUGUACAGCUCAAGCCUGGGCAGAGCAGCUGCAGGGACAGUGACAGUGACAGUGCCAGUGGAGAAUCCAAGGGCUUCCACAGGAGCAGCUCUCGCGAAAGGCUCAGCGACAGUUCAGCUCCUUCCAGCUUGGGAACAGGCUACUUCUGUGACAGUGACAGCGAUCAGGAAGAGAAGGCAUCAGAUACCAGCUCUGAGAAGCUGUUUAACACUGUUACUGUAAACAAAGAUUCGGAGUUAGGUGUUGGCACGCUGCCUGAACAUGACAGCCAGGAUGCCGGGCCGAUUGUCCCUAAGAUAUCGGGUCUAGAGAGAAGCCAGGAGAAGAGCCAGGACUGUUGCAAAGAGCAAAUCUUUGAGCCUGUGGUGCUUAAAGACCCCCGCCUGCAGGUUCCCCAGCCAGUUCCCCAGCCUCAGGCGGAGCCCCAGCUCCAGGCUCCUUCUCCGGACCCCAACUUGGUGCAGCGCACAGAGGCUCCUCCCCAGCCUCCUCCUCCCAAUACACAGCCACCACAGGGCCCCCCAGAGGUCCAGCUGCAGCCCGCCCCACAGCCUCAGGUGCAGCGGCCACCCAGGCCUCAGUCCCCCACCCAGCUGCUGCACCAGACCCUCCCGCCUGUGCAGGCCCACCCUGCCCAGAGCCUCUCCCAGCCUCUGUCUGUCUACAACAGCAGCAGCUUGAGCCUCAACAGUUUAAGCAGUAGCAGGAGCAGUACCCCAGCUAAGUCCCAGCCCGCCCCUCCUCACCUCUCCCAUCACCCCUCUGCCUCCCCAUUCCCCCUGUCCUUGCCUAACCACAGUCCCCUGCACAGCUUCACACCCACCCUCCAGCCCCCCGCACACUCACAUCACCCCAAUAUGUUUGCCCCUCCCACGGCUUUGCCUCCUCCACCACCACUGACGUCAGGGAGUCUGCCGGUCCCUGGACACCCUGCUGGGAGCACCUACUCAGAGCAAGACAUCUUGCGACAGGAACUGAACACGCGUUUCUUGGCCUCUCAGAGUGCUGACCGUGGGGCUUCCCUGGGCCCUCCACCCUACCUGCGGACCGAGUUCCACCAGCACCAGCAUCAGCACCAGCAUACCCACCAGCACACACACCAGCACACCUUCACACCGUUCCCCCACGCCAUCCCACCCACCGCCAUCAUGCCGACGCCAGCACCUCCCAUGGUGCGUACCCCAGGCAGAAAUUUUGACAAAUACCCUACCAAGGUUGACCCAUUCUACCGGCACAGUCUCUUCCAUUCCUACCCUCCUGCGGUGUCGGGCAUCCCCCCCAUGAUCCCACCUACUGGUCCUUUUGGGUCACUACAAGGAGCGUUUCAGCCCAAGACAUCCAACCCUAUUGAUGUCGCUGCUCGGCCUGGGACAGUCCCACACACUUUACUCCAGAAGGACCCAAGGUUGACAGAUCCUUUCAGACCCAUGUUAAGGAAACCAGGGAAGUGGUGCGCAAUGCACGUUCAUAUUGCCUGGCAAAUCUACCACCAUCAACAGAAAGUCAAGAAACAGAUGCAGUCAGACCCGCACAAACUGGAUUUUGGGCUGAAACCUGAAUUCCUGAGCCGCCCACCAGGCCCCAGUCUCUUUGGAGCCAUCCACCACCCUCAUGACCUGGCACGGCCUUCCACCUUGUUCUCUGCCGCUGGUGCUGCACACCCAACUGGGACCCCUUUCGGGCCACCUCCUCAUCACAGCAACUUCCUCAACCCUGCUGCUCACCUGGAGCCUUUCAAUCGGCCAUCCACCUUCACGGGCUUAGCAGCAGUUGGUGGCAAUGCCUUCGGAGGCCUCGGAAACCCUUCAGUCACACCCAACUCAGUGUUCGGCCACAAGGAUGGCCCCAGUGUGCAGAAUCUUAGCAACCCUCACGAACCCUGGAACCGGCUGCACCGAACGCCUCCGUCGUUCCCGACCCCUCCGCCCUGGCUGAAGCCAGGUGACCUGGAGCGCAGCGCGUCCGCUGCUGCUCAUGACAGAGAUAGAGAUGUAGAUAAACGAGACUCAUCUGUUAGUAAAGAUGACAAAGAAAGGGACAGCGUGGAGAAGCGACACUCCGGCCACCCCUCCCCGGCGCCCGUGCUCCCGGUGGGCGCCUUGGGCCACGCGCGCGGCUCCACGGAGCAGAUCCGGGGCCACCUGAACCCCGAGACCCGCGAGAAGGACAAACCCAAGGAGAGGGAGCGGGAGCACUCGGAGCCCCGCAAGGACCUGGCGGCGGAGGAGCACAAGGCGAAGGAGGGCCACCUGCCCGACAAGGACGGGCCUGGCGACGAGGCCAAGCAGCCGGCGGCUCGGCCACCCUCGCCCUACGCGCGGCCCAGCAGCACAUCGGGGGGCCGCGAGGCCGAGGUGCCCCGCAAGGGCGAGGCGGCCUUCGAGCACCCCAAGAAGGGUCCAGAGGUCAAGGUGAAGGAGGAGCGCAAGGAGGACCACGACCUGCCGCCCGAAGCUGCACCACCUGGCCCACGGCCCACUGAGCCCCCAGCAAACUCCUCUGCAUCCGCGGGGCCCUUGGCGUCCGUGCCCAUGGCGGUGGGCGUGCCGGGCAUGCACCCCAUGGGUAGCCUGGGGGGCCUGGACCGGACCCGCAUGAUGACACCCUUCAUGGGCCUCAGCCCCAUCCCUGGGGGUGAACGCUUCCCAUACCCCUCCUUCCACUGGGACCCCAUGCGGGACCCGCUUCGGGACCCCUACCGCGAGCUGGACCUGCACCGGCGGGACCCGCUAGGCCGGGACUUCCUGCUGCGCGGUGACCCGCUGCACCGACUGUCGGCACCGCGGCUGUACGAGGCCGAGCGCUCGUUCCGGGACCGCGAGCCGCACGACUACAGCCACCACCAUCACCACCACCAUCACCACGGCCCGCUGGUGGCCGGCGACCCGCGGCGGGAGCACGAGCGCGGCCACCUGGACGAGCGCGAGCGCCUGCAGCUCCUGCGCGACGACUACGAGCCCCCGCGGCUGCACGCCGUGCACCCCGCCGCCGCCGCCCUGGACGGCCACCUGGCGCACCCCGGGCUGCUGGCGCCCGGCCUGCCCAGCAUGCACUACCCACGCAUCAGCCCCACGGCUGGCCCGCAGAACGGGCUGCUCAACAAGACGCCCCCCGCAGCCGCGCUCAGCGCGCCGCCCCCGCUCAUCUCCACGCUGGGGGGCCGCCCGGGCUCCCCAAGAAGGACUACGCCCCUGUCAGCCGAGGUCAGGGACAGGCCACCCUCGCACACGCUCAAGGACAUCGAGGCCCGGUGAGCUGCGCCUGCACGCCUGCCUCCUGGCCCGGCUGGACACGCAGUUGGGGCCAUCCCCACCCCUGUCCUGGGCAGAUCCCAGACUCCCUUCCCUGCAGGAUUCCAGAUGCUUUUCUAUCUCUUCUGAUUUUUUCAGCCAAGUCUCAUGUCUCCUACUCUUUUCCGUUCCUUGUAUGAAACAUUUUCAUUUGAAGAUGGUGACAGACAUCAAGGUGAUGACAGCAGGGGGAGGGUGUGACACACACAUGCAAGUCACCAUGCAGAAGCUCCUUGCAGAAGAGAGGGGAGGCGUGUACAUAGUUGUGUAAAAAACAAAAGAUUGCGUCGUGAGCUCAUGGUUCAUAUAUGCAAAAGGGUAAGACGAAAGCUUUACUUUGUACAAAUGUGAAUAGGUAAAGAUUAAGUAACAUAAUACAUAAUACUUCUUCAAACGUGCUAUUUGCUGACCUAACGUCAGUGAACACAGCCCGCCCGGGUGGUGUUCCCAUCUAUUGUCAGAGACAGUUAAACCCUUCAACUAUGCAAUGAAUGUCGGGGCUUUGCACAAAAGCCCACCUGACUCAAAGCAGCCUUUUCAAAAUCCAUUUACAACAUACUUAAGGUCAUAUUUUCCCUGGACAAGCACUUACAUGACAUGACUG